UUUGGAGGAAGAAGAUCACGGAUGAAGUUUCACCCCCUCGAUGACAUUAGUGAAUGUUUGAAUUGGACUAGUCGUGGACAAUUCUGGCGGAUACUGACAAAUUGGUAGACUUCAAGGUUAACGAUGGUUGGCAUUUUGUGGGAAAGUGUCCUUUAAGCUAAAAAAAAGGGGGGGGGGCUAAUAUAUCAAAUGUCUCAGUAAUAAAAUAAAUGGUGAUCGAUCGAGCUAUAUGAUGACCCCAUCUCUUGUAAGAAGCCCCUCUGAAGACGUAUAGUGGUUUGUCCCUGACAAUAUUUUAGCCAGGUGAACCAACCAUAAACGCUGGGCCAAGCCGACGGCUCUCCCGACAAGAUCUAACCUCACCUCAGCUCUCCUCGCUUUCAACAGCCUUCAGCUUACAGACCAAACCCUUGAUCCUUCUCACGAUGAGCGCUGCAGGCUGUUUGAUGCCGGGGUUUCAUCACCAGUUCGGCGUCUUCGACUUCAUUCGGAAAAGGUCGGAGAGCCGCCGUGUCCUCGUCGACAACGAAGAGACUUCGGAUACCCAGGUCGAGCAGUCUGCCACACCUUCUGUGUUGUCUUGUGAGAACUGCACCCUACAUAACUCACCACUCCUGAAACAGCCAUCACCACUAGUCAGCAUCUUCCGGGCACUUGCUCUAACAAACACAAACUGCACCGACAUUCACUAUAUCCGUCAUACUGACAGCGGUGACUGCACUAUCCUCGAAGCGACACCUGGUAAGUCACUUUGUAACAGCACAGAUACCGACCUUGUAGAUGGCUGCUGCAGUGGUAACAUAUGUAUGGUACACUGUAGAAACGAUCGACACACAUCUAACGGGCGAACCAUCUUGUCCACAGCCGACCGGAACAUAAACCUGUGCAGGUCCGUCGACAGACAUUUAUGUAGAAGGAACGUCGACAUGGACAAAGUCGUACGCAGCAGAAGUGAAGGGAACUUUGACCUUAUAAAGUCGUGUAGAGACACGUUGAUGAGUGAUUUUCUCAUUGAGCAUGAAAUGAAAAAUUCGGGUGACACCACCACGGCUUCAGCUGUGAACUGGUCGACUGAUAGGGAAUGUAAUGUUGAUGCCAUCACGCACGCAGGAGGUAACGUAAAACAUGACGAGCUCGAGGCAGACGCAAAACAGGAUGAUAGCUAUGGCGAUUUGGCGCAUGCCCGAGACAAUGUCCCGGGAGGCGCCUACAGCUGCGAAGAGAAUCAGAAACUUAUUCCAAAAUCUAUUCACUCUGACGAAGAUCCUGUCCUUAAUAUAAAAGCUAGCAAAAGUGAGCCAGUCUCCUUGCAAAGCGCCGCUCGCAAUGUACUGUCCCUCCCAACCAAGCUGGGAACGCACUACGUGGAGAAGACAGCGAAGGAACGAAAAAGUAAGCUGAGGGAAGUUGCUAGAUUAUUCAAGGCCAAGUCUGAAACAGACAACAUUGAGAUGGAGACCCUCACGAUGCCAGAUGACAAGGACACCGAUAACAAAUCAGAAUUGACGAGUUUUAUCCAAGGUAAAGACGAAGAUAGCGGAAGCCUCAAAUCGCGCUGGAGAAAAUUCAGGUCGGAAAAGUCUUGUAAAAUUGAACCCGAGACGACAUCAAGAAUGUCGGACAAGCAGUGUCUGGGUAGCUCCUGGAGUAUUGCUGCGGGCAGAAGCUUCAGUAAUGAUAAAAUGACUGCAAGUUUAAUUGGAGAACCUAACAUGGAGACAAUACAGAAAUAUGCGUCACCUCUAUCAGUCAGUUCUAACAACCUUGCAGAAACAUCUGACGUACUUUCUACGUGUGACGGUGUCGUUCAGAGGCCAACAACACUGUUUACUAAGACUUCAGAAUGUGAUCUUCAAGGCUUUUUGGCGACGCCUAUUGAAUCUACAGAAGUCCUUGAUGUCCAGGAGGCUUCCAUGUUGAUUUGCACAGAGCACAAAGAAGACAACAAUGUUACAACAGCUUCCAGACUCAAGCUUUACUUCUCUGGGAAAACAGCAUCUACGGAAGACAUGGGUUCAGAAGGGAUGAGGAAGGCCCGCACUGGGAAACGUUCCCAGAUGAAGAGUUACCAUUCCCAGCCGGAGCUCCGCCCGUCUCAGGUGGAACACCGGAGUGGGGUACCCGUUCUGUGUCGGAAGUCCUCUCCCGAGUACAUCGUCAAGGAACCGGUCAUCAAGAAAUCUCCACAGAGCUGUGAGCAGAACGCGCCUCUCCUCCGACUGAAGACCCGACUAUUCAAGCAGAAGUCGCCGUUGUUGGCAGGAGGGAAGUUAAAGUUCAACCUAGCCCCGCCGUCACUGGCAACUACAGCCCCGUACAAGGUUAAGGUUAAUACACCUAAGCUGAAGCCAUAAAGCCAGCGGCAGUAGGGUGCUUAAACAUCCCAUACUUGGGCGUAACUAGAUAUUUUGACAUAACUGUCCAAUUGUAUUGGAAGGUGUAAAAACUAAAUGUAUACAAUAAUUCCAGGCUACACAGAUAUAUGUUACUGCAAGGCUUCGUCAGUGUCACUGGCACUCAUGCUUUGACGUACAACCGUUCCACCGUUGCUUUGUGGGAGCAUGUAACUAUAAAAUCUAUUUCAAUGUUCAGCCGCAGCAGAGAGCGGUAGAAGCGUCACCUGCAAUGGCCUCUAGCUUUGUUGGCACUUGCAACAGCUAGCUGAAGUUUUUUCAGAGUUUUCCUGGUUCCCAGAAAUGCACUGCCCUGUCUUAUUUCUAAUUGUGAAAGCAUUUCCUACAGUACCCAUUUCGAAACAAGAUGUAGGAGAUAGCCAUAUCUAAUUAGGUGAAUCUGACA